UUUGUGGUGAGCAAUGUAACCAAACGUGUUUACGGUUAAACAUCCUUAUAACGAUAGGAACAAUUUGAAAACGUACAUAUGGUGAAUACAGAUUCCCCGAUAACAGAAGAAUAUUUAUGGAAAGAGACGCCCCGGCGUUGUUAAACCGUAUCGGUGAAAUAACGAAAGUUCUGAAAUGUAGACCAGUUGGUGGCGUCAAGCAGUGUGAACGUAAUUGUCGUACACAACUCAUCAAUCAUGACAUAAACUCGAGCGCGGUUUAUCGCAAUCGGCCAUGGCGAUGUGUAAAUAGAUUUAACAACAUUAUACUCGGAUCGUGAGAUGAGUUGUUCGGUGGAACUAAGACAGCAAAGGCAACAAGGGAUGGCAGAGGAUCCUCACAGGCUGGCAGCUAUAAUGAACAAGUCGCAAAGACUCGUUUUAGGUCUAUUGGUUUUACUCCUAGUCGAUAUUAUAUGGGUGUCCAGUUCCGAACUCACUAAAUACAUUUAUCAGGAGGCUGCAUUUAAAAAGCCAUUUUUCAGUACAUACAUCAAAACUUCAAUGUUCACGUUGUAUUUGCUUGGUCUCUGUUUUUGGCCUCCUUGGCGAGAUCAGUGUAAUAAACCAGCAACUUAUAUGUUCAUAGAUCCGAACAUGGAGGAUGACAAUUUUUAUGCGGAAGCAAACACAAGUCUGAGUGAUCCAACAUUUGUACCAAUCAAAACCCCCGAACAUUGUGACCGUUCAUCGGGUACCGAAAGCGAUGAUUCUUCAAUACGUUCCGUCAGGUUUAGUAAACUAGCAGAGGUUCGACAUAUGUCCGAAUGUGAUGCUACAGAGGCACUUUUGGCAAGGCUCAGUUAUCAAGCUAGUGUCAGAGCUGGAGAACAUGCCAAGCGGCAAGCCAACAAGUUUUCAGUGCAGAAAGUUGCUAAAAUUGCUCUGAUGUUCUGCCUAUUGUGGUUUAUGGCCAAUUACACCUAUCAAAUUUCGUUGAUCGGAACUGAAGCAGGCAUUGUAACAGUAUUAUCCUCGACAUCCAGUUUAUUUACAUUAUUCCUUGCUGCGGUAUUUCCCAGCAACGGUAGUGAUAAAUUCACAUUAUCGAAGUUCGUUGCGGUUUUAAUCAGCAUACUUGGUCUGGUACUUGUGAGCUUGUCAGAUUUAACAAUUGAAGCCAACAGGAUACCAAUAGGUAUAAUUUUGGCACUGGUCAGUGCAUUUUUUUAUGCAGCAUACCUAGUUUUUUUAAGGCGAAAAGUUGACCACGAAGACAAAAUGGAUAUACCAAUGUUCUUUGGCUUUGUCGGACUCUUCAAUUUGACACUUCUGUGGCCUUUAUUUUUUAUACUCCACUAUGGAGAUUGGGAGGACUUUGAAUGGCCCAAUACUUACCAGUGGACCUUUUUAAUCAUCAACGGACUUAUCGGUACUGUUUUAAGCGAAGUUCUGUGGCUCUGGGGCUGUUUCCUAACGUCAUCUCUUAUUGCAACGCUGGCUGUCAGUUUAACAAUGCCAAUGUCAAUGCUAGCUGACGUUUUAGUGAAGAAGGUGGAAUACCCGUGUAUGUUUUAUUUAGGCACGAUUCCCAUGUUGCUGGCAUUUGUUAUUGUGUCACUUCUGUCAUACUAUGAUAAUUGGGAUCCAGUCUUGGAAGGUGUCAAAAGACUUUACACGUGGACAUGCAGAAGGAGCAGAUCCUCUGUUAGGAUACAAGACUUGGAAGCAGAACAAACAGAGUCUUUGAUCUGUAUAAACAAUGAAGGUGCAUUACAACUCGCGUCUUUGUUUUAAAGUUUCUUACAAGUAGCCUGGGUCUAACAAGAAUGACCAAUUCCAUAUCCAAUUCAUCAUUCCACUAUAGGCAUUUCUUUGUUUACUUAUUAAUUGGCAUGAAAUGACUGACAUUCUGUUACAUGUUACAUUUUCAUAUAUAAAAUUGGGCAAAGUAAAGACAUUUAUUAAAAACUAAAAUUUUAUGCAAUCUGAUGCAUAAGUAGUGGUAACCACUUCUACGAUCCUGCUUUUAUAUUGCAUAUUAAGUAGUUGCAGCUAUAUAACGGAAUAGAAAUAAUAAUAAUGACAGCUCACUGUAAUAUCCUUAGGUAUUUCCUUUGCCAAGCAUAGUUCUACAACAAAAAGAAAUUUCGUAUUUGCGAAGAAAAAUACAUUUGCUCAUAUUUAAUUGCUUUAUUUAAGUAAAAUUCAGACACAAAAAAAAAUGUCGACCUUGAGAAUUAGCUGCGUUUCAAAUAUUAUUUUUUAAAUUUAAUUGCUGUCAAACCAAAGCUUAAUUCAAGUGGGUAAUGUAUAAUUUAAUAAGAUCGUUGCUGACAAAUUUUAGCGUGCUAAUCUGGGCAAAUAUAAAAUGCUUUUCCUAAGCAAUAAGAAUUAUAGCAAUUCUCUUGCGGACUUUUCCAUUUACUGAGUGAAGAAAAGUGAUGGAGAGUAUUACUUUGAAGACAUUACUGGUUCGUGUUCUUUUUU